AUGAACUUCGACUAUGACUUUCUGCAGUCGCAGCAGAGUCUUCAUAUGAAGAAGGAGCAUCAUUCACAGCAGCAUCAGAACCAGCAGUCGUCGGCCCAACCGCACCAUCCCCACCAAGGAUCACAGUACGAUGUCAACUACCUGGACAUUGGCUACAACGAGCUGGAGCCUCCGUCUACCCCCCAGAUGAUGCCUACACAGACCAACAAUGUGAGUCCCGACACCCUGGCGCGGUUCUCGCGACUGCUCAACUUCUCCUCCACCACCCCCAGUCCCACCAAGCCGCUCAAUGACCCCUCACAAUCGGACAUUUUCCUCCAGCAGCCCCCCACCAUGUCGCUGAUGGGAGCCAUGUCUCCGCCUCACUCGUCCCACCCUCCGGCUGCCGAGUUUGGCCAUGCUCACUCGUCCCAUCUUCAGCAGAACCCCUUCCUGAACCCUCCCCAGCUCAACUACGAUGCCGACGCUCUGGCCUACCUGUCUCCCGAGCCAGGCUUCACUUCUCCUGAAAUGGACAACUGGAACAACUACGAGUCUCCCCAUGACCACUCCUCUCCCGAGGGACCCCUUGGAGAACCCUUUGACGAGUACGGACUCGGAAUCUCGUGGCUGCCCGUCGUCACCAUCCCCGAAAACACAGAAACAGAGCAGAUCAUCGAACAGCAAAAGGUCUCCAACCAGCCUCAGCCUCGAAAGUCCGGCCUACCCCCCGGAAAACUCGAGUCGUUCAUUCAUGGGCCCUGCGAAGACGGCAAGUUUCUGUGUCUGUACCCGGGCUGUGGCAAGAAGUUUGGACGACGAUACAACCUCUGUUCGCACAUCCAGACCCACCUUGCAGACAGACCGUACUCGUGCUCGUCCUGUGAAGCCUCCUUCGUCAGACAGCACGAUCUCAAGAGACACGAGCGCACCCACGCCGUAGUCAAGCCCCACAUUUGUCCCUGCGGAAAGGGCUUCAAUCGACCAGACGCCCUCAACCGACACAGAGCCCGACAGAUCUGCUCUGGAGGCAUCGAGGUACCUGGCCAACCCAAGCCAUCGCCAGGCAAAAAGGGCCGACCCCGAAAGGUCGAACAACCGAUCCAGAUGGAACACUAUGAUUAUGCACACACCUCUCCCGACUUUUCGUCUCCAGAGUACCACUCUUCACCGGACUUCGAAGGACAUUAG